UAGUUUGGAUGCACGUGGUUGCGUGUGUAUGAAUGUGCAAGUGUGUGUAUGUGUAUGUGUGUGUGUUGGGGGGGGGAACUAACAGGUUUAAAAAUCAGCAGGAACUAAUGUCUACUUAACUUAGAACAUAUGGGUUUUAGCCGGUAUCAGCCAGUGGGUUACAAUAACAACACUGAAUGAAUUCCUCCAAUGUACAAUCUUUUAUGUUAUGCUGUAUUAAGAUUUCUUUUUUUUGUCAUAUUGUUUAGCUCCGAAAAAAAGAAAACAAAGCAAUUAAAAAGAUUGACAGGUAUGGUUUGUGAGAGACCUAUUUGUAAUUGUCAGGGUGACGUUGGCGAGAGGAGGAGGAGUAAAAACUGAAGCAGGAAAAGCAGCUCGAUGUGUCUGUCUAUCAGUUGAGACUGUCUGAAAGCUCUGCGAUCCGAAUGUGUGUUAUAUUUCACUGAAAAGAGGAGAGAGCGAGAGUGCAUCUCCCUCUCUCCCAGGAGUUUGAGGGGGGGGGACAGUCCACGCUCAUCUCGCCCACCCAGUGAAUGUCUGCUCUUCACCCCCUUUGCACACACUCUCCGGGUUGUUGUUGCCUUUUCUUUUUUCUUGGAGGGGGGGUGCUUUUUGUGUAUUUUUCAAUUUUUUUUCUGUUGGAAGAUCAAGACCGGCCAAAAAUCCAUGAUCAAAAUGUGUUUGCAUUAGAUUUCGCAUUGGAAGAAGCGGCGAUCCUGGCGGCCAAGCCCCCCGGGUGGAAGCGCGGGGCACCAAGUGGCGCUCUGGCGGGGUGACACUGUUUGAUCUGUGACUGUUUGGAAGGUGGAGCAGCGCCUGACAUCUCCCCCCGGCGCAUGUAUGUACGGGGGCUUCACUCCUCUGUCUUGUUUGCUUUCUUCCUCUUAGACUAAGUGCGGGGAGGAAAAGGACAGCCUGCAUCGGCCUCGCUGGCGCACAAUGAGAAAGCUGCGACCCGCGCACUAAAAACACUCGCCGCGACCCCCAAACAGCGAGGAGAGAGGGGGAGAGAAAGUUGCGCUCGGCGACUCUCGGCUCGCGGAAGAAGGCGCAGGGGAGCGCCCGGAGCGGCGCGCCGGGAGGAGCGCCCGCCCAGCAGCAGCGCGGCGGCGGGGAGGCGGCAGCAUGGAGCGCGGGCCGCGGGCCGGCCCGCCGAGCGCCCGCCGCUGCGCCCGCGGCCCGCGCCGGGGAUGACUCCGGGCUCGGCGCCCAGGCCCCGCGCGCUCCGCCCGCAGCCCGGCGGCCGGGACGCGGCCCGCGCGGCCGCCGCCGCCGCCUCCUGAGCGGCCCCGGGCGCGGCGGUCCAUGCGAGCGGCUCCCCGCGGUCCGCGGCGCGCCCGGAGCCCGGAGCCCGCGGGGACGAGGCCAAAGUUGGGCGCGCCGCGGAGUUGCGCCCGCGCCCGGGGCCCCGCGUCCCCGCGCCCCGCGAACUCCGGCGGCGGCUGAGGCGACGGCUGCGGCGGCCGAGCAGCAUGCCGAGGAGGAAGCAGCAGGCCCCCCGGCGCUCGGCAGCUUAUGUUCCUGAGGAAGAAUUGAAGGCAGCAGAAAUAGAUGAAGAGCACGUGGAGGAUGACGGGCUGUCUUUGGACAUUCAGGAAAGUGAGUACAUGUGCAAUGAAGAGACGGAGAUCAAAGAGGCGCAGAGCUACCAGAACUCCCCAGUCAGCUCUGCGACUAACCAGGACGCUGGCUACGGGUCGCCCUUCAGCGAGAGCAGCGACCAGCUAGCCCAUUUCAAAGGCUCUUCCUCUCGAGAAGAGAAGGAGGAUCCGCAGUGUCCCGACAGCGUCUCGUACCCCCAGGACAGCCUGGCACAGAUCAAAGCUGUGUAUGCAAACUUGUUCUCCGAGUCCUGCUGGUCCAGCUUAGCUCUGGAUUUAAAGAAGUCGGGUUCCACCACCAGCACCAACGAUGCCAGCCAGAAGGAGAGCUCCGCCCCCACCCCCACACCCCCCACCUGCCCCGUCAGCACCACUGGCCCCACCACGAGCACGCCCAGCACCAGCUGCAGCUCCAGCACCAGCCACAGCAGUACCACCAGUACCAGCAGCAGCUCCGGGUACGACUGGCACCAGGCUGCACUGGCCAAGACGCUGCAGCAGACGUCCUCGUACGGGCUGCUUCCUGAGCCCAGCCUGUUCAGCACCGUGCAGCUCUACCGCCAGAACAACAAGCUCUACGGCUCCGUCUUCACGGGCGCCAGCAAGUUCCGGUGCAAAGACUGCAGUGCUGCGUACGACACGCUGGUGGAACUGACGGUGCACAUGAACGAGACAGGCCACUACCGCGACGACAACAGGGACAAGGACUCCGAGAAGACCAAGAGGUGGUCCAAGCCCAGGAAGCGCUCCCUGAUGGAGAUGGAGGGGAAGGAGGACGCCCAGAAGGUGCUGAAGUGCAUGUACUGUGGACACUCUUUUGAGUCCUUGCAGGACCUCAGCGUCCACAUGAUCAAAACCAAGCAUUACCAGAAAGUGCCUCUGAAGGAGCCAGUGCCAGCCAUCACCAAACUGGUCCCCUCCACCAAAAAGCGGGCGCUUCAGGACCUGGCGCCCCCCUGCUCCCCUGAGCCAGCAGGAAUGGCCGCAGAGGUGGCCCUGAGUGAGUCAGCCAAGGAUCAGAAAACAGCGAACCCGUACGUCACGCCCAAUAACCGCUACGGCUACCAGAAUGGCGCCAGCUACACCUGGCAGUUUGAGGCCCGCAAGGCGCAGAUCCUCAAGUGCAUGGAGUGUGGCAGCUCCCACGACACGCUGCAGCAGCUCACCGCCCACAUGAUGGUCACCGGGCACUUCCUGAAAGUGACCACCUCGGCUUCUAAGAAGGGCAAGCAGUUGGUGCUGGACCCUGUGGUGGAAGAGAAGAUCCAGUCCAUCCCACUACCGCCCACCACCCACACGCGGCUGCCGGCCUCCAGCAUCAAAAAGCAGCCCGACUCUCCCGCGGGGUCCACGACUUCUGAAGAAAAGAAAGAGCUGGAGAAGGAGAAGCCGCCCGUGGCUGGCGAUGCGGAGAAGAUCAAGGAGGAGAGUGAGGACAGCUUGGAGAAAUUUGAGCCCAGCACCCUGUACCCGUACCUGCGUGAGGAGGACCUGGACGACAGCCCCAAGGGAGGGCUGGACAUUCUCAAGUCCCUGGAGAAUACCGUCUCCACGGCCAUUAGCAAAGCCCAGAAUGGUGCGCCCUCAUGGGGUGGCUACCCAAGCAUCCACGCAGCCUACCAGCUCCCGGGCACCGUGAAGCCACUGCCGGCGGCCAUGCAGAGCGUGCAGGUGCAGCCGUCCUAUGCUGGCAGCGUGAAGUCGCUGUCUUCCGCCGAGCACAAUGCCCUCCUGCACUCCCCAGGGAGCCUCACGCCCCCACCGCACAAGAGCAACGUGUCUGCCAUGGAGGAGCUGGUGGAGAAGGUCACGGGCAAGGUCAACAUCAAGAAGGAGGAGAGACCCCCUGAGAAGGAGAAGAGCUCCCCGGCCAAGGCUGCGUCCCCCAUAGCAAAAGAGAAUAAAGAUUUCCCUAAAAUGGAGGAAGUCAGCGGCAAACCACAGAAGAAGGGCCCUGAGGCCGAGACCGGGAAGGCCAAAAAGGAGGGACCGCUGGACGUUCACACCCCAAAUGGCACAGAGCCUCUGAAAGCAAAGGUCACCAACGGCUGUAACAGCCUGGGGAUCAUCACGGACCACUCACCGGAGCCUUCCUUCAUCAACCCGCUGAGCGCUUUGCAGUCCAUCAUGAACACCCACCUGGGCAAGGUGUCCAAGCCCGUGAGUCCCUCGCUGGACCCACUGGCGAUGCUGUACAAGAUCAGCAACAGCAUGCUGGACAAGCCGGUGUACCCCGCCACCCCUGUGAAGCAGGCCGAUGCCAUCGACCGCUACUACUACGAAAACAGCGACCAGCCCAUUGACUUAACCAAGUCCAAGAACAAGCCGCUGGUGUCCAGCGUGGCUGAUUCGGUGGCAUCACCUCUGCGGGAGAGCGCACUCAUGGACAUCUCCGACAUGGUGAAAAACCUCACAGGCCGCCUGACGCCCAAGUCCUCCACGCCCUCCACAGUUUCGGAGAAGUCCGAUGCUGAUGGCAGCAGCUUUGAGGAGGCGUUGGACGAGCUGUCACCGGUCCACAAGAGGAAGGGCCGGCAGUCCAACUGGAACCCGCAGCACCUGCUCAUCCUGCAGGCCCAGUUCGCCUCGAGCUUGCGGGAGACCACAGAGGGCAAGUACAUCAUGUCGGACCUGGGCCCGCAGGAGAGGGUGCACAUCUCGAAGUUUACCGGGCUCUCCAUGACCACCAUCAGCCACUGGCUGGCCAAUGUGAAGUACCAGUUGAGGAGGACAGGGGGAACGAAAUUUCUAAAGAACCUGGACACAGGGCAUCCUGUUUUCUUUUGCAACGAUUGUGCCUCUCAGUUCAGAACUGCUUCUACAUACAUAAGUCAUUUGGAGACGCACUUGGGCUUCAGCCUGAAGGAUCUCUCCAAGCUGCCACUCAAUCAGAUUCAAGAACAGCAGAAUGUUUCGAAAGUCCUCACCAACAAAACUCUGGGCCCACUGGGGGCCACCGAGGAAGACUUGGGCUCCACAUUCCAAUGUAAGCUCUGCAACCGGACUUUUGCGAGCAAGCACGCAGUCAAACUGCACCUUAGUAAGACCCACGGCAAGUCUCCCGAGGACCACCUGAUCUAUGUGACUGAGUUGGAGAAACAGUAGCGUCCAGGUAUGCAAGAGACCGCGGAACAUUGCACUAAACGUCGUCGAGCUGCACUAGGCCUGGCCUGAGCCUCUGAAAUCAGUCUUUCCUUUGUUGCUGGCCCGCCUCUCUGGACCUUGGUUUUCUUACACAUAUUUUGUAUAUUUAUAUGCUCUCUGUCCGAUCUGUGCAUGUUAUUUUUCUUUUUCCGUGAGUCAAAGUCUGACCUUUUAUUUUCAACAUCUGUUCUUGAUGUUAAGCUAUCUUUUGUAGGAAAUAGUGGGGCACACUACUCAGAGACAUUAUUUAGCAGUAAAGAAAGACACAAAUAACAAUGAUAAAAAGGCAUCCUAAAAUGAUGAAGUUGCCAUGACAAUAAAGGUCAUAGAACCUGGUAGUGUCAAAUUUAACCCUUUGAGGACUGUAAUUGCAUUUCUGUGCCUUUCACUUGAAAAAAAAAAGAAAAAAAGGCUUAAAGGCAUUUCAUUCAGAUCAAAAGCUGUGUCAGACACAAACCUUAUUUAAUAAUUAAAAAAUGAGCUUUCAUAUGCAGAACUGGUUUGUGAGGAAACAUGCAUGCAGCUGUGGGAAGAUAGAAAGCUGUCUAGGACUCACGGGGUUCGGAAGCCACACCUCUACAUGUCUAAAACAAAAAACAACAACAACAGAUACCCCCCUCGCCACUAUGCCCAAACCCUCUGGAUGCUGAAAAAUGCCACUUUCGGCAAAAAAAAGUAUGCAAGCUAUUAUUUAAAAAUGUGUAAAAAUGCUAUUUCUUUUUUCCUGUAAAAUAUUGCAGUUUAUAGUUAUUUACAAAUGUAAGCUUUGGUACAAGCUGACCUUUCUAUAGCGUGCUGCAUUGGUAAAUGAAAAAAAAUGGGGCAAACGUUGGAGUCCUUUCCUUGUAAAUUGCCAGCAUCAGCUUAAAAACUCCUGUAUGUUACAUAUCGUACCGUUUUAAUCUCUUCAACUUUCUUUGUACCUUCUGGCUGUAUGCUUUCUCUUUUAACUUUUUAUAUUGUCAUUUUAUAUUAAAUUUCUGUGUAUAUAAUGUAAAACCACAAUUUUUGAAUAAAAUUUAGUUCCUGCAGCUUGAUUUAAAUAGAGGACUUUUACUGGCACCUGCAUCUCUCCAGAUGCAUGUACUCAGAGGGACUGUCAGACAAAAAUAAAUACAUAAAAACAAAGCAAGCAAUGCACUAUUAAUUAUACAUUUUGAUGUUCUAUCAUUAAUAUUGUACAGUACAUUUUGGUUCACACAAUUAAAUCCACUGUUUUCUCAGAUGUAAAAUAAACCCACAUGCAGUUCUUGAUUUA